CCUUCAGCCUCCAGCUGCAGAGCUUGGGAAAGAGGGAUGACUGGAUGUUGGUUGCAGAACCGAAAUGUGUCUCCCAACAGUUCACUUGCCCAGACAUCCUUUCUGUGCCUGGAGACUGUCCCAGUGAACCACAUAGUCCCCGGCCACGCAGUGGCCCCUGGCAAGGCCCCACCCCCUUCUAGUGGUCCCCGGGAGGACCGCACUGGUCUCAGUAGCUCCAGGGCCGGAAGUGCUGCUUUCUGCCCCCUCCUGCUUGUACAACCUGACCUUAUCCCUGCCUGUGCCUCGAGUCACUCAGGUCUUUGCACUGAUCCCGGCACAGGGCGCAGGCCGAAGCCACAGGGAGGCUGCAAAGUCCUCAGGCUAUGGCUAGGCCCCGGUGCCAUCGCCACCAGGUCUGCAAGCAGCAGGCCCUCUGUGUCUGGGGGAUGAGCAGGGAGGCCACGAGAGGAAAGCACCUUCAAGUGCACGUGAAACCCUGAGCCGGAGCCGUGCACGUUUCUCCCUCGCAGGGCAGCUGGGGGGAGGCUUUUCUGACCUCUGGGGGAGCCUGGGCAGCAAAGGCCUCAUUCAGCUGCCGUUCCCUGGGCCGGCUGUGAGGCACUGUCCCAGAGGACCUGGGAGGAAUACACAUAGCCGGGGCCUCCCCACGCCCUGGAAGUCUGCCCCUGCGGCGAGGCUCAGAGCUGCCAGCUGCAACCUGGGAGCUCACCUGAGUCCUGUGGAGAGGGACCCAGCCAGCUCCUACCUGGGAAAAUGAGGCCUCAGGCACUUCCGGAGCUGGCAAACCCCACCUCCAGCCCCAGCCCAGGCCACCUCUGGUGCUCCGCCCUCCCCACCCUGAGCUACCUGUCAGACCUGAGCUGCAGCAGGGGGACCGGGGAGGGGCAGGGCAGCUCUGGAAGGCAGGUGAGGCUUUCUGCUGGGAGCUGGGCUGCCUGGCCAUGCUGUGGGACCUGUGGCCUCGGUGGCUGGCAGGCCAGGGGCUGCCCCUCGUGGGGACCGUGCUGCUGCGGAAGAGAGAGAAGAGAGUGAAGAGGGAGGCUCCGUGGAGGCACCCGCAGUGUCCAAAGCCGACUGCUACGUGAAGCUAUGGCUGCCCACGGCAUCCCCCUGCCCCGCCCAGACCAGAAUGGUGGCCAACUGCAGCGACCCCGAGUGGAACGAGACCUUCCGCUACCAGCUCCACGGUGCUGUGAAGAAUGUUCUGGAACUCACCCUCUAUGACAAGGAUGUCCUGGACAGUGACCAGCUCUCCCAGUACCUGUUUGACCUGAGGAGCCUCAAGCCCGGCCAACCCUACAGUCACACCUUCCUUGACAGCCAGAACUCCCAGGAGCUGCAGGUGGAGUUUGUUCUGGAGAAGAGCCAGGUGCCUGCGUGUGAAGUCAUCACCAAUGGAGUCCUGGUGGCCCAGCCCUGCCUGAAGAUCCAUGGCACCCUAGGGAGAGACGGGAUAGCCUCACUUCGAGAGCGCGGUGUGACACAGAUCCAACUGGCAGUGCCUGGGGCCUGCGAGAAGCCCCAGCUCCUACCCCUGCAGCCUCUCGCGGAGCUGGGCCUCGCCCCUACCUUCACCUUCCACGUGAACCCAGUGCUGAGCUCUAGACUGGAUGUGGAGCUGGGGGAGAAGCGGGUGGUCCUGCAGGGCAACCCCAGUGCUGAGCUGGAGGCUCAAACUCUCCAGCUGGGCAAGGGGACCAUCCCGCUCUCCUUGCUGCCCCUGGGCAGGGAGGAGCAGCGCCUCGUGGUCCUAGGGCAGGGCCUGGAGGUGGCGCUGAGCGUGCAGGCAGAGAUGAGCUCUGGGGACCUGGACCUGCGCCUUGGCUUUGGCCUCUGUGACGGGGAGCAGCAGUUUCUGGACAGGAGGAAGCAGGUCGUGGCCAGGGCCCUGCAGCAGGUGCUGGGCCUGAAUGAGGCCCCAGACAGUGAUCAGGUACCUGUGGUGGCUGUGCUGGGCUCUGGCGGUGGAACCCGAGCCAUGACGUCCCUGUACGGCAGCCUGGCAGGGCUGCAGGAGCUCGGCCUCCUGGACGCUGUGACCUACCUGAGUGGGGUCUCUGGGUCCACCUGGUGCAUCUCCACGCUCUACAAGGACCCAGCCUGGUCCCAGGUGGCCUUGAAGGGCCCCAUUGAGCAUGCCCGGGCUCGGGUCUGCAGCCGGAAGGUGGGCGCAGUGUCCCCAGAGCGGCUGGAGUACUACGUUCAGGAACUGGGGCUCCGGGAGGACAGUGGCCACAGCGUGUCCCUCGUUGACUUCUGGGGCCUCCUCAUCGAGUAUUUUCUGUACCAGGAGGAAAACCCCGCCAAGCUGUCUGACCAGCAGGAAGCGGUCAGCCGGGCUCAGAACCCUUACCCCAUCUACGCCAGCAUCAACGUCUGCUCCAACGUCAGUGGGGAAGACUUCGCAGAGUGGUGCGAGUUCACCCCCCAUGAGGUCGGCUUCCCCAAGUACGGGGCUCACGUUCCCACCGCGCUCUUCGGCUCCGAGUUCUUCAUGGGGCGGCUGCUGCAGGUGCGGCCCGAGACCCGCCUCUGCUACCUGCAGGGCCUGUGGGGCAGCGCCUUUGCUGCCAGCCUGGAUGAGGUCUUCCUGAAGACGGCUGGCUCGGGCCUGGGCUUCCUGGACAGGCACAGGGGCAGUGUGAGCAUCAUAGAUGGCUGCCAGAAGCUGCAGGUGCACGACCCGGCACGACUGUGCACGCGGCUCUUCACUCACCAGGGGCCCUUCUCCCAGGCCAUGCUGGACUUACUCACCUCCCGCCUCACUGCCGCCGACAGCCCCAACUUCACCCGGGGCCUCUGCCUGCACAGGGACUACGGGGCCAGCAACGAGUUCUUGGCCUGGAAAGCCGCACACCGAGACGCCUUACCCAACCAGCUCACGCCCACGUGGGACUGCCUGCACCUGGUGGAUGCCGGCAUCGCCAUCAACUCACCCUUCCCGCUGGCCCUGCUGCCCCAGCGAGCUGUGGACCUCAUCCUGUCCUUCGACCACUCCCUGGAAAGCCCCUUUCAGGCCUUACGGGAGACAGAGCAGUACUGCCUGGACCGGGGCAUCCCGUUCCCUAGCAUCGAGGUGGGCCCUGAGGACGUGGAGCAGCCCCGAGAGUGCUAUCUGUUUGCGGAGGCUGAGGACCCCCGCGCACCCAUCGUGCUGCACUUCCCCCUGGUCAACCGCACCUUCCGCACGCACCUGGCCCCAGGUGUGCAGCGGCAAACAGCUGUGGACAAGGCCUUUGGGGACUUCAUGGUCCACGGGCCUGACACCCCCUACAGCACGAUGAGCUUCACCUUUGAACACGAGGAUUUCGAUCGGCUGGUGGCCCUGAGUCGGUACAAUGUUCUCAACAACGCGGAUUCCGUGAAGCGCGCCCUCCAGCUGGCUCUGGACCGGCGGCAAGCCAGACGCAGUGGGGCUGGCCAGGAGGACUCGGGCAGAGAGGACACAGGACAGGGGCGCUAGGCCAGGGCUGGCAGAGGGUGGGGUGGGCAUGCUCUAGCCCCCUCCCCGGGGCCUGCUCUGAGCUCCCCCGGACCCUGGGAGCGUGCAGAAUCGCACCUUGGACCCAGGACAGCACCCUCCUCUUGUGCUUCUUGGAGGAAAUAGAGCAGUUCACCUCUCCAGCACCCCCUUGGAGAUGUCGGGCAGAAGACAGCAGGGCUCAUUUCCCAGGGCACUGUGCAGAGACACGUGAGAAGGCACCAAGAAGGCCCAGGUCUCCUGGUGCUCGCCAGAGAGGAGCCGUGAGAGCCCAGGUGCAGGCUGGACUCUGACCAUGCCCCCCUGAGAGGGGGGUGCUGGAAGGCAGAGAAGUACCCACCCGCAGUGCCAGCUCCUCGCCUGUGCUCCCCAUGUGGUGCUGUCAGAAUAAACAGGGGCCAUGGGGGCCGCCAGUCUGCAUCACUGACUCCACGCACCCCUCUCUCCCCCUGGCCCUCCUGGAGGCUCGGCUUUGGGGGUGACAGCCCGUCCCGGGCAGGCUCCUGCUGGCUGCUGUGCAUGGUGUCUCCCGGCUCUUUAAACUUGGGCCUCGUUCUCUGCUCCUGGGUUCAGCUGCCCUGCAGGCAAACGCAGCCUAACCAUUCCCAGGAGCUAAAGGGUGUGUGUAAGGGGGCAUCCACUCAACAGGAAAGAGCGAUGUGUGCCUGCAUGUGUGUGCGUGUGUGUGUGAAUGCGUGUUCCUAGUGAGUGGGGGGGACCAGUGAGCACCUGUCUACUGCAAGCCGUGGGCCUGAGGGAGCCCUGGCCUGAGUUCCUGCCUCCUUAGCUAACACCUCCAAGGAUGUGGGCAAGUGUGGUUCUCCCUUCCAGCCUGACCCUCUUGGGACCCUCCAAAUGUUGGGAUUCAGCCAUGCACAGUGCGGGCCGGCGGGGGGUGGGGUGUCAGUGCUCUCAGCUGGCAUGGGGUAAGGCCUGGUCCUCUUUGUCCCCUCACCAUGGCUGCUUAGCACAGGCUCCCACUGCUGUGCCUGACAUCAUCAAAACCUUGUUCGUUAGAACCUCAUAGGAUUCUUAGCACCUGGGACUCAGCAUUCCCAUAGCUCUUAGACCAUCCCAGAGGCCAGCCUCAGGCAGCACCAGCUGUGCCUCUGGCCCCUGGAGCCUGAAUCACCACCACCACCACCCCCCAAGGGAUUUUCAUAUCCCCAGUGCUGGAGCAGCGACUGGCACUUAGGAGGUGCUCAGUAAACAAAUGAAUGGGCACCUGCGGCCUCAGUGAUCCUCACCCCCACCCAGCUCUGCUCCAGGGGUUCUUAGCCCUUUGAGAAAGGUCACUCAGAGCCACAGAGCCCCACCUGUGAGAAGUGCACCUGCACUGAAAACCUGCACAGCAACAGGGUAUCCACCAGCCCCGGGCUGUCUCUCUGGCAGAUAGGUUCGUGCAGGAAGCAGAGCUGAUGCCGUGCCUGGGCUGGAUGGAUUUGGCCACAAGAUCACAGCCCUGAGCUUGACUCCCUCUGAGGCUGCAUGGAAACACCAGGGCAGGGCCAUUGUCCCUCAGCUCGUCAGAGUCCCUCAUCACGUGUGCACUGCCCAAUCCAAGGGCUGCCAUUCCUAUGCAAAUUCCCCACUGGAGUUGUGUAAGCUGGCAGCCCUGGGGCCAUGGCUGCAGGGGUGGGAGUGAGGGCAGAGGCUGGUUCGUAGGCACUCUCAGGAAGAACACAAAACGUACCCCUUCCUCUCCUUGGCUGGGCAGCGUGGAGAGCGGGCCUGUGUGACCGCCCCCCCAUCUUCUCCUGACGCUGGGUCUUGCAGCUCGUGGCCCUGGUGGUGCUGUUAAUUUGCUGAGGGUUUGAGUGAGUUGUCCUUCAUUGCAGACAGGAUGUUCUUGGAAGGGAUAGGUUGACCAGCCAUAGCGAAGGCUCAGGAUGCUGCCCUUCCCCCACGAGUGGCCUCUGGGAUAGGCCUCCCCCCACCCCCUCCCAGGGCAAACACCUGAGCAGAGUCCGUGGGGAGGCCUGGCAGGAGCCUCCGGCAGCCGGGGCUUGUGGAGCGCCAGGAGCCCAGGGUGCGUGUUUACUCCCAUGCUAUUUCCCCUCAUGUGCUGCGGCGGAUUACAGACCGGGGCGGGAAGUAAGUGCCCCCGUGUCCCCAGCAGCCAGCGCCUGUGAAAUGCCACAGGGACCCCCAACAAACCGGGCAGGGCAGCCAGGAGAGGGGCUGUCCUGGGGGCUGGGGAGGGGCCUUGCACCAUUGGGACAACUGAGGCACAGGAUAUGUGAAGCAAAAAGAGCCAUUUAGUAAGAUUCGGGUUUAGAAAACAACAUGGCUGUGGUUACCAACUAGGCGGGGAGCCCUGUACACGUGAGUGUGCCCACCUGUGUGUGUAUGUAUGUGUGUGUGUGUAUUUGUGUAUGUGUGUGUCUUUAGCCGAGGAGGCUGGACCCCUGUCAGGUGGCCCCCCAUGAGGGGGGCAGUCAUCUGGGCUCCUAGGGCUGGGAGGGUUUUUGGGAAUUCCACACCCAGGGAGGUCCCCCCACAGCCCGCCACAUCUGCUGGGAGGAGGAGGGGGACAGCUGGUGGGGAGGGGAGGCUUCCUCACAGUCGUGCUCACGCCAGUUCCUGGAUCCAGACCCAGCUAGUGUUAUUUUUUUUUUUUUUUUUAAGACAGUUACAGAGAGAGGUAGAGACAAAGAGAGAAGUAGGGACAAAGAGAGAGGUCUUCCAUCUACUGGGUUUCACUCCCCAAAUGGCCGCAACAGCUGGAGCUGAAGCCUCAUGAAACCAGGGACUUCUUCCAGGUCUCCCAAGCAGCUCCAGGGGCCCAAGAACCUGGGCCAUCUGCUACUACUUUUUUCAGGCCAUAGCAGAGAGCUGGAUCGGAACCAGGACUAGAACCCAGCAUCCAUAUGGGAUGCCCGUGCUUCAGGUCACAGUGCCGGCCCCUCGCGGUCCUCUCCUGGCCUCCGCCUGCUCCCUCAGGUGUUACUUCUCUUCAUGAAACUCCGUUGCCUGCUGCCACCACGGCUGGGCCGCAUGUCUGAAUUCUCAGAGGAACCUCUGAGCAGCAGGUCCCGGCUACAGACAGGGGAAGCUGGCAGUGAGGCAGAGGCAGAGGCGGGGCUGGUUUGCAGGCGUUGCGGAAGCUUCUGUAGCUCCUGCUUUGACCUCAGUAGUGUGUCUUUCCUGGGCUGCUCCUCAGUCAUCUGGGAUGCGGUAAACACUGCUGAGUUGGCGCGCAUCCACCCCACUCCGGAUCUGGGGGCUGGGACUUCCGUCCUAAGGCACGGCCGACUCUCAGCCUGUUCCUCUGGCUCAGGUUGGUGUCUCUGCCUUCCUUGGCCUCCCUGGCCUCUCCGGGGCUUCCUGUCCCCCAUGUCCCCCAUGCCCUGGGGGUUCCUGGACUCCGGAGCAGGGGUGGGGUGGGUCCCUCUGGCAGGACCUGGGACGUGUUCCCAGGAACCCUAGCUGGUGACCUUUCAGCGUGUCUGCCUAGGUCAUCUCACAGCCCAGAUACAGAUCCUAUGAACCAUAAUCAGAAAUCAGCCAACACUUAAACACACAGAUAAACGCACAGAGUUUACCGCCGGUAUCUGAUCUCCAGUCUCAGAGUCCUGGUAGUCUAAAGGGGGAAAUCCUGGACGAGCCCCCAGAUGUUGUACCCGAAGCAUCUGAUCCCACCAAUUAAGACCACUAGGAGCCGAGGCUGAUGCAAACGCAAGAAUUUUAUUUCUUUCUUUCUUUCUUCUUCUUUUUUUUUUUUUUUUUUUUUUGACAGGCAGAGUGGACAGUGAGAGAGAGAGACCGAGAGAAAGGUCUUCCUUUUGCUGUUGGUUCACCCUCCAAUGGCCGCAGUGGCAUGCUGCAGCCGGCGCACUGCGCUGAUCUGAAGGCUGGAGCCAGGUGCUUCUCUUGGUCUCCCAUGGGGUGCAGGGCCCAAGCACUUGGGCCAUCCUCCGCUGCACUCCCAGGCCACAGCAGAGAGCUGGCCUGGAAGAGGGGCAACCGGGACAGAAUCCAGCGCCCCGACUAGGACUAGAACCCGGUGUGCCGGCGCCGCAAGGCGGAGGAUUAGCCUAGUGAGCUGUGGCGCCAGCAAGAAUUUUAUUUCAAACUCGAGUUUAGACCGACGUCCGCACCAGGCACAGCUGGGCUGGAUCAGUGGCCCCUACAGUAAGGUCAUUAGGGUUUUUAUACAGUUGAACAAACAAGUUUAGCUGUACAGCAUCUGAUAGGCUCGUAUUUUACAUUUAUACUUGUCAUUUAUGAUUGGCUAAAGUACAGGGUCUGAGCCACUAGGGUGUACGUGCCAAACUGCAGGGUUUCAGGAUGUUAUCAAUCACCUUAACUUCCUGAAAAGACACCUGGAAUUACGUAUUUCCCUGCUGUCUGCUAAUUGGCUGUUGCUAGGAGAGUUUAUCGCAAGAGGAGUUCAUUAUUUUCUUUUAGGAGCUUUUGGCUCAGGGUUCAGGGCCUGGCCAGGCCCGAGUUACAAGAUGGAGGCCUCGUCUAAAACAGCUGCAUCUUGAUGCAGGCCCAGGGCUCUCCCCGUGCUUCACUCCUUCCUUUCACUCCCCACCCCCACCUCUCUGUCUGCCUCUUGUUUUUAACCAUUGUUGGAUUUUAAGCAAAUCUUCCUGGGUGAUUUCAAGGUCAGUCCUGGGGCAGGCCCUGGGUGCUGCACUGAAGUUGCCUACAUGCUGCCUGUCUUGGAGUUGGCCUGUUAGAGAUAUUUCAUAGCAGUGCAAUCAGGCACAGCUUGCCUUUGUGUGACUGGCCUGUCUCACUCCACAUAAUGACCUCCAGGUUCAUCCUUGUCAGAAAUGGCAAGAUUUCCUUCCUUUGAAAUGCCAGUUAGCACUCCCUUGUUUGGAUACACCACCUUGUCUUCAUCCACCUGUCUUUGCUGGAUGCUUGAGUCAUUUGCAUAUCUUGGCUGUUGGAAAUAGUGCUAUAAUGAAGAGGAGAGUGAAAAUGUCUCUUCAGUAGCCUUCCUUUAAUUCUGUUGAAGGUAUACCCAGAUGUGGGAUUGCUAGACCGUAUGGUAGUUCUGUUUUUACUGUGACAAAAUGCCAUAUGUUUCACCAUAGCUUUACCAGUAGUGUUCAGGGGAUCCAGUUUCGCCAGGACCUUGCCAACACUUGUUAUCUUUCUUUCUUGAUGACAGCUGUGCUGACAGAUAGAUGAUGACAACAUGCCACCGUGGAAAAUUCCAUACUGUGAAGCUGUUUCAUGCACCAAAUUGUCAAACAUUGUAUAAAACUACCUUUAGGCAAUGCAUAUAAGGUACAAAUGAAACACAAAUGAGUUUCAUACUUGGACUUGGGUCUCAACCCAGAGAUAUCCCAUCAGUAUAUCCAGAUAUUUAGAAAUCUGACAAAACCCCCGAUCUGAAACGCUUCCAGUCCCAAGCCCUGCACAUUAAGGAACACGCAACCUGCGUAGGAUGGAAGAGCACCAGGCGAGGCUGCACUGAGCCCUGGGUCAGUACUUGGUGUGGGUGAGGGUGCAGGUGCUGCCGCGCCCGGGGCCCUGAGGCCCUGCAGGCUCUGUCAGCACCUCCCUGCUCUGCUGGUGGUGAUGGGGACUUGGCAGCUGUCAGCCCCUGCUCACAGGCCCCUGGGUUGGUUGCACAAGGAACUUCCUGCAGGAGGAAUCUACCUGCUGGGGUACGUCCUGCAGGCCCCCCGGGGCCAGCCAGUAGAGCUCCAGCUCGGGUCUGGGGUAGGAAGGCCCAGCAGACCGUUACUCAUGGGACCAGGACUGGCCUCUCACCUGGCCUGUGCUGCCCACAGCUGAGGGCCAGGACAGGUGCACCAGAACUCUGCCUGUGGAGCAAUCAGGAAGUUCAGUCAUUCGUCACAGAUGGGAUCAGGCAACGGGGACAGCCCAGUGGCUGUGGAGGACUUCCUGGUGUGCUUGGCCUGGUCAGGAAGGGCCAGCGGCACAGGCACCAUGAGUCCACUAGGAAGAUGGCCAGUGUUCUCAAUGGAGAUAGCGUGUGGGGUACGACGGCCUGGCAGGAGCAGCUGAGCUGAGAACGGGGAAGUCGCCAAGAGGGGUACAAGGGCCGAGUGCCCGAGGCCGGGGUGGGGGACCUCGGAGGAGGGCCCUUCACGGGGUGGAAAUGCUGACGGCGUGGCUCAGUCCUGCAGGCCGGCUGGAGAGGCGACAGUGCCGGAGUGCCUCACAGAGCUGCGCGCCUGCGCACUUCCACGUUCUCUGUCCCCGGUCACUGUGGCUCCUCUGCUCCAAAUGCCCUGGGGGAAGCCGUGGAUCCCUGGAGGCCUCCCUCCUUCACAGGGAGCACCAUGCUGAGCUCCUCAGAAGAGGGCGCGGAGGACUCAGACGAGGGCCCUCUGCGGCUUUGCAGCUGCUCCUGCCAGUAACCUUUCUGUGAGCCCCUGAGAGAGUACCCAGAGCCCUCCCCAAACCUGCCCAGCCCUGCCCCACUGGUGCGAGACCCCCACGCCAUCCCUGCACCGCCGGUUCCUGAUGCCUGCUCUCGAGCCCUCCGCUGGCCCUGGGGCCCUGCAGGGCUCCUGCCUCUCCUCCAAAGGCCGGACUCCGUGCACACUCUGCCAAUGACCUGCUCCCUGUAGAACUCCAGUGCAGGGCCUCCUGCUUGUUAGCAACUCCUAAGCAGCGGGGACCUGGCCAGCCCCCGACACCUUGGCCUCCGGUGGGCUGAGCCCUCCUCCCAGGAACUCCCACUCAGUCCCAAGGACCUGGUGAGGACCUGGGGUCUCGACAUGUGAGAGUGCCCCUUCCAUGGGAACUCGCCUUGUUCUGGGGUCCGCCUCCGACUGCAGCUCUUUCCCUCUGCGGUCAGCCAGGAUUUUGCUCAUUUGAUUAAAACAAGAACGUUUCUGGGAGGUCCUGAGCCCCUCCCAUCUCUCCCCCUUCAGAUGGGCACCUGGCGCCUCUGCAAGGAGGAAACACCGCCAUGGAAGAAAGCAGAUUGUGGGCCAGCACCUGUGGCGCCGGCACCCCGGAUUCUAGUCCUGGUCGGGGUGCCAGAUUCUGUCCCGGUUGCUCCUCUUCCAGGCCAGCUCUCUGCUGUGGCCCGGGAGUGCAGUGGAGGAUGGCCCAAGUACUUGGGCCCUGUACCCACAUGGGAGACCAGGAGAAGCACCUGGCUCCUGCCUUCGGAUCGGCGCAGUGCGGCCAUUGGAGGGUGAACCAAUGGCAAAAGGAAGACCUUUCUCUCUGUCUCUCUCUCUCUCACUGUCCACUCUGCCUGUCUAAAAUAAAAUAAUAAAAUAGAAAAAAAGAAAGCAGAUUGCGAAGCAGUCCCCCUACUGGGCUAGGGGAUCGCAGGGAAACACCUCUCUGGGCACAGAAACCAGGGACGAGGCCCCUUUUCAGUCUGACCCAGCCCCGAGCCCUAGCACCAGUUUAAUGACUGGCGCAAGAAGCUUCCCUCACCACCAGACCGGGUUUCUUGGAGCAGGGCAGUGGCAGAUGCACACGACUGAAAGGCUGGGGAGAAGGGAGGCUGGAAAGGAGCAGGGCGAGGGCAGACAUGCGGGUGAAGGUAUGGGAGUGGGUCCUCAGGACAAGGCCUACCAGUUGUGGAGGAGCAAGGGGGCUCGUCCCGUUGUCAGGCAGCGCCUGUCCUCCGCCCUCCCAGUGCUGUGCAGGGGGCUCCUGCAUGGGACAGCAGUGGUGGCGGAGGUGGAAGCCAUACAUGGUUUUGCAGGCAUUUGGGGAGUAAACCAGUGAACGGAAGAGGAAGAUCCCCACCCGCCACUGCCGCAGCCCUUGCUCUGUCACUCUGCCUUUCAAAUUAGUGAAAAUAUAUUCAAACGAGCAGAUGAGAGCCCCCUCAGCAGACUGCUUAAAGACUUUACCCCGGGGCCCUGGCUCUCGGGGGUGCCCACGGCUGACGUACACUGCGUGAGCCAGCUCCUCGCUGUCCUUCUCCGUGCGUGCGCUGGCCCUGUUUCUCUGCAGAGCCCUAACACACACGGACACCAGCUGUUGACAGAGACCUGGGCUCAGGGAGGGGUCACAAGCAUGGUUCCCCGAGCUCUCUUCACGUGCAUACAAAGCACACAGGGCACUGCGGGGACCCUCAGCGGCUUCGGAAGGGGGCUCAUCUCUGGGGUUCGUCAGUCCACCCACCGUCCGUGCUCCUCAUCAUUAACCGAGUCCAGGGAAGCACCUGCCGCGAGCUUGAUCCUCUUGAUCCUGACCUUGAUCCUCUUCCUUGCACACCCUGACUGGGUCUCUGUGGCUCCUGGAAUCCUGCCAGAUGUUUUUGUGGAUUGGGACUGGUCUGCCUUUUCAAGUGGAGUCUCUGUUUUUGCUUUCCUCUUGCUGCUUUGGAAGCCAUCCAAGAGGAGAAAGGAAAUUGCCGAGUUUGCUCCACCGGUUUAAAAUCGGAAAUCUUGAGACACUUUUGAACCUUUGCAAAUCUGAUUGUCUGACUGUGUGGACUUCCUUCGUGAGGUGGAGCGGAUGUUUUGUGCUUCGUGUCUGUGCUGCUUUGCUCGCUGGUGGAACGCCUGUCCGUGGACACUGCCAUUGUUCUCAGUUGUUUGUCUUUCUCCGACUGAUUUGCAAACACUUGAAAAUACUGUUUAUUCUGACACAUGUUGGCGAAAUAUUUUGCAAAUAAAUUCUUUCAGUCUGUAGCUUGUUUUUCCAACUUGAAAAGUCUUUUGUUAAAAAGUUUUAUAUUUUCAUGUAAUUAAAUGUAUUAUUUUGUUCCUUUUGUGGUUUGUGGCUUUUGUUUCUUGUUGAAGAUAUCCUUCCUUAUCCUGCUGUUACAGAUACCAUGCCUUUUCUUCUACAAGUUUUAACUUUCUGCUUUUGAAAUAUAGGACUUGGGGGCUAGUGCUGUGGCGCAGCAGGUUAAAGCCCUGGCCUGCAGCGCCGACAUCCCAUAUGGGCACCAGU